UAAAUUUCGGGCUUGGUCUGUUACACAACUGUGUCUUUCUUCAUUCUGCCUACAAGCUCCUCGCCGGCAUUUUACUUUAACAGGCUUUUAACUGUGUUAUUUUAAACAUAAGACCCAUAGAAAUGAGUGGGGACCAUUCCCACAACGAUUCCCAGAUCGACUCGGGAUCCAGGCAUAAUGAUUCUCACAAACACAAAGAUAAAUACAAGGACAAAGAACACAAACACAAGGACCACAAGAAAGACAAAGAACGUGAGAAAUCAAAGUACAGCAACAGCGAACACAGGGACUCCUCGGAUAAAAAGCACAGAGAUAAAGAUAAAGAGAGGCUGAAGCUCAAAGAUGGGUCCUCAGACAAGCAGAAGGACAAACACAAAGAGAAGAAAAAGGAGGAAAGGUCUUUCGAUGGCAAACCCAAAAAAGAGAAGGAGAAUGGAUUUGAAAGCCCUUUCAUCAAGUCUGAACCUGAGAAUGAUGACUUCUACCACUCUCCAAAACACGAGAAGUCCCUGAAGAGAGAACGCGACGAUGACGAUGCCGAGUACAAGCCCAAAAAAAUUAAAACCGAGGAUGACCGGAGUGAAAAGAAGGCAAAGAAACGGAAACAGGAAGAUGAGGACAUAAAGCCCAAAAAGAAAACAAAAGACAAGAAAGGAGAAGUUGCCGCAGAUGGCAAGAAAAAAGCAAAAAAGGAGCCAGAAGAGAAGUGGAAAUGGUGGGAGGAAGAGAGGUACACAGAUGGUGUUAAAUGGAAGUUUUUGGAACACAAAGGGCCUGUAUUUGCGCCACCAUAUGAGCCUCUUCCCGGCAAUGUCAAGUUCUAUUAUGACGGAAAACACAUGAAACUCAGCCCUGGCGCAGAGGAGGUGGCCACCUUUUUCGCAAAAAUGUUGGACCAUGAGUACACCACUAAAGAUAUUUUUCGGAAAAAUUUCUUCAAAGAUUGGAGGAAGGAAAUGACGUCUGAAGAGAAAUCCAAAAUCACAGAUCUGAACAAGUGUGACUUUUCUGAAAUGGGCGAAUAUUUCAAAGCUCAAUCUGAAGCCAGGAAGGCCAUGACUAAAGACGAGAAACUGAAAAUUAAAGAGGAGAACGAGCGCCUUCUGCAGGAGUAUGGCUUCUGUGUCAUGGACAAUCACAAAGAGCGCAUCGCCAACUUCCGUAUUGAGCCUCCGGGCUUGUUUCGUGGCAGAGGUGACCAUCCCAAAAUGGGCAUGCUGAAGCGUCGUAUCCGACCUGAGGACAUUAUCAUUAACUGCAGCAAGGACUCAAAGCAUCCUAAACCACCACCUGGGACGAAGUGGAAGGAGGUACGUCAUGACAACAAGGUGACGUGGCUGGUGUCCUGGACUGAGAAUAUCCAAGGCUCUAUCAAAUACAUCAUGUUGAACCCCAGUUCAAGGAUCAAGGGAGAAAAGGAUUGGCAGAAAUAUGAAACAGCCCGCCGGUUGAAAAAGUGUGUGGAGCGUAUUCGCACGCAAUACCGUGACGACUGGAAAUCAAAAGAGAUGAGGAUCAGACAGCGUGCUGUUGCUCUUUACUUCAUUGACAAGCUGGCUCUGAGAGCAGGUAAUGAAAAGGAGGAAGGAGAGACGGCUGACACGGUGGGCUGUUGCUCACUUAGAGUGGAGCAUCUAACUCUACAUCCAGAGAUGGAUGGCCAGGAGUACGUGGUGGAAUUUGACUUCCUUGGUAAAGACUCCAUUAGAUACUACAACAAAGUCCCCGUAGAGAAGAGGGUUUUCAAAAACCUUCAGCUGUUCAUGGAGGACAAGGAGCCGGAGGAUGACCUCUUUGACCGCCUCAAUACCUCCAUUUUGAACAAGCAUCUUCAGGAGCUGAUGGAUGGCCUUACGGCUAAAGUGUUCCGUACUUACAAUGCCUCCAUCACACUACAGCAGCAACUGAAUGAACUCACAAACCCUGAAGACAAUGUUCCUGCGAAGAUCUUGUCCUACAAUCGUGCUAACCGAGCGGUAGCCAUCCUGUGUAACCACCAGAGGGCACCACCCAAGACGUUUGAGAAGUCCAUGCAGAAUCUUCAGACAAAGAUUGACGCAAAGAAGGAACAGCUUGCUGAUGCUAAAAGAGAACUGAAAAGUGCCAAGGCUGACGCCAAAGUACGCAAAGAUGAGAAAUCCAAGAAGGCCGUGGAGACCAAGAAGAAGGCUGUGCAGAGGAUUGAGGAGCAGCUUAUGAAGCUGGAGGUACAAGCCACCGAUCGUGAGGAGAACAAGCAGAUCGCCCUGGGUACCUCCAAGCUUAACUACCUGGACCCGCGUAUCUCAGUAGCCUGGUGCAAGAAGUUUGGCAUCCCAAUAGAGAAGAUCUACAACAAAACUCAGCGUGAGAAGUUUGCCUGGGCUAUCGACAUGGCUGAGAAAGACUAUGAAUUUUAAAUCCUCUUUGCAGUUUUACUUCUCCCUCCACACCCCAUCCUUUUUUUUUUUUUUUUUUUUUUUUUUUUUUUUUUUUUUAUUAAAUAGAUACUUUUAGUCUAAGUGAUUUCCAGCAGGUUGUGAACCUGGCCAGGGAAAAGAUGUGAAGCGAGCAUAGUGUCGGAGGCCUGAAUGUCGUCAUGAUUUGGGUGACUGAUUUUUAUUUUUUAGGCUGACCUGUAAUCUUGUAGGUUUUAUUGGGUCGAUCUUUUAAGAGUGAAGUGCGGCCUGUGCACGAGGUUGCGUGGUCCUUAAGCCAGGAACUGGAGAAUCAGUGGCUUGACCUUUUGAACACUUUUACUGUCUCACUCCCCCUGCCAUCUCUGGACAAAGGGGUGCAAGGAUGUCUGAAAACUAUGAACUUACAUGGUCCUAUAGCUACUGUAUUCAACUACAAAUUGCUUUGUGGAUCAUUUCACUUUUAGUUUUGCUGUAUUUUUAGCCCUCCUGUAUUAAUAAUGAAUUCUAUAUUUUAAUAGAAGAUUAAAAAAAAAAAAAGAAAAAUCAAAGAAUUGCUUAAGUA